CCGUUGCAUUACACGGUGAACCAAUUCGGCCUGCCGAGUGCCCCUCACAAUAUCCGCCAUUGUUUUGCACCCAUUGCAAAAGCAAAUGCACCGCAAUAACCCAACUACAUAUGCACUCGAGGGUCCGAGUGGUUCGUCAAAUGCCAAACGCUGCCAACAAAAAAGCCAAACGCACACAAUUUUAGGGCGGCGACCCUGGAAUUAGUGCCGCGCCGCCGCUGGCUCCACCCACCUGCGAACAGCCUUGCCUGCCUUUGAGUGUUUGUUUGAAUGUACAUAUGUAUGCACUUAUUCCACAUCUGUUUCCCGCGCUUGACUCAGCAUUGGGCAAUAUCGGCAUGUGUGCAGCCCCGCUUCCCAUGCGAUUCCAUGGCAGUUUGGUCAUGGUGAUCAAUUAAUCUUGCUCGCUCUCUGUGUGCGUGCGUGUGCGCCCAAAUCCAUGUCCGGAUCGGGUUUCAUUGUUCCCACGUGAUCAUGAUUAGCGAGAUCUCAUCACGUGCUGAUAACGAGCACUCACUCCAGCUCCCGCUUGGCGCAAACCAGCUCCACCCUGUUCUGGCCGUCAAAACGGCCCUGACAAGUUUCACGGACCUCAACAUCACCACCCCGGCACUCCCCAACCAUCGCCUCCCUUGCACCAUGGCUAAUCCGACACCGACGGCCCCGGUGUCGUCUCAUACCCACGACCUAGACAAUCUACAGGCCAUGCUGAACAUGGUGCUCGUCUCCAGCGGCCAAUACAUCAAGCAGCACCAUACGACCCAAAACCCCAACCAGAUCCAGGGCGCCUUCAAGCGCAGCAUCAUGGCCGCUUCCGAGCGCUUUCACGAUUCUCUCGAUGAGCUGGAAGCCGAAGUCUUGCAGGCCCAAUUGGUGCUGAGGCGCGACUUGGCCGUGAUGAAGGCUGACCGGAAGAAACGCGAAGCCGCCGCCAAAGAGAAAGAAGCCGAACGAGCGCGCUUGGCUGCCGAGUCUACUGCACAGAAGCCCGCUCCCAUAGACAAAAAGGAGGACCCUCCGAAAUCACCCUCACCUCCGCCGGUCAAGGUUGAACCACCUGCGAAGAUCAACACGCCUCCCGAGCCACAACCAGAAUCUCCAUCCCUCACCCAGAAGGUCGAGAACCCUUCGCCAACUCCUGCCCCCGAUGUAAAACCUGUGCCCAGCGAAGACCAGAAUGACCCGCCAGCACAGGAGGCUACUGCCAGUGCUGCACCCCAAGAUACUGAUGACUUCGACUUCGAUGCUUUGUUCGGCGAUACCAUGGACACAGCAGAGGGUGAUGGGGAGAAUCCAGGAGACUUGAACCUCGAUGGCUCCGGUCACGACUUGAGUUUCUCGCUCGAUGAUACUGGCCCUUCACUCCUUCCUGGUCUAGAGGAUUAUGCGAAAAGUGUUGGGGAUGAUACGACGCAUAACACAAGCGCACCUGCUGACCUCGACCUUCCCAUGCCUGAUUUGCCCGACGUGACCACCGCCACUGUGAACGACCAGCCGUCCACCACUAAGCCAGCCGAAGCGCCUCCUGCCCAAGAAACCACCGACAAUGAUCUCAAUCUAGAGGCUAUGACAACCGACAACUUGGAUGAUUUGUUCGACAUGGAGUUUACUAAUCCAGAGGAUUCCCAAUUUGAUGAUGCCUUCUUUGGCUUGGGCGAAUAA